GUAUCUGCCUAAUCUGUAUCGAUAGCUGUAUAAAAACGGCGUCUCAAGAAAUCGAAAUUCAGUUCAGUGGUAACACUUCUAGCAAAGCAGACAUCAUGAAGCUUACUUACCUUUUCCUGUUUGUUGCGGUGAUCCUCGUGAUUGUGAGUGUGGCUCAUGCCGACGAUUCUAACGAAGAUGAUUCUAACGAAAGGACAACCAGACGCACUACUAGACGCAGUACCACCACCCGACGCACAACGACCCGCAGCACUACAACUCCCACCACUGCUACUACUCCCACCACUGCUACCACUCCCACCACUGCUACUACUCCCACCACUGCUACUACUCCCACUACCGCAACUACACCGGAUGACUCAUCUGAGGAAGAUUAGACGCUGCAACCUAGCUGUUAGUGUUGGUGCCACUAGCACUAACAUUAAGUCGUAAGCAAGCGGAUUCUGAUUUAAUAAAAUCUGGAGUUGUCAUGCAGAAUCUGUAUAAA